AUGACGUCAAUUGCCGAAUUCGACAAUGGCAAGCGGCAUACCAAAAAAGGCAACGAUCGGUUUACCAACACCCUUAUCCCCGUUUUGCGUGAAUCUGCCACCAGUAUGUAUCAAUCGGGAUUUGAUGUUGAUGUCUAUCUAAUCUGUCAUUAUCCCGUCUCUACCGAGCGCUAUCGACAAGUCCUGGCGGCGUUGCCUUCACACGAAAGUGGCAACGCCAACACUGUCGAAGUUAGCUUGACGGUGUGGGACGAAGCUACCCCGAUCGGCUACGCGGUCGAACAUUCGACGAGAAGCAUUAUGAAUGUAACCCGAGGACUUGCUCGCCAACACCGCUACGUGAUCAAGGACAAGUUACUCCACUACGACAUGUUUGUCGCCUACGAAGACGAUAUGGUGGUACACGGCGCACAGGUACAGCAAUACCGCAACGUUUCCGACGCCUUGUACCGGCUACGGCAAGCUGCACCGUCCCGUCUCGACAACACGUACACUAUUGCGGAAAUGAAUCGUCAAUUUCACGGUCCCAUGACGGCCACCCAGCUAUCGCGAAUGAUUCCCGGUUGGAUAAGGGUGGAAGUGGCCCUAGACGGCUGGAAACCUAAACGGACGCUGGAGCUACCAAUCCCCAGAGAUUUUCGGUGGAAUGAGACAGGGGAAGAGGUUUCGUUGGAUCCGUCCAUUUGCUGCCAAAUUGGUGUCACAAGCUCGAAUGCUCAUAUGCCGUCGGCUCCGCACAUUGAGGACUUGUACUUUUGGGAAACCACAAUUGAUGCCUUGCACCUGCGAAAAAUGCCAGAAAUUCCCUUCUCCCAGCUUGAUUGGGUCGUUCUUCAAGCCGGAAACACCGAAGACUGGUACGAGGAUACGAAGUUUAUUGUAGGUCGAUACUGGUCAGGAACUGACGGCUACUUUGGUCACCAACAAGAUCCGCCCGAUUCCACUCUCUCCCAUUACAUCAACAACCAAGGUGGUUGGAUGGCAACUCGGCGGCAGCUUCACGAAUGGCACAGUCGCUGGUGCCUUGGUGGCUUUUUGCCACCCUACGAUCCACCCAAAUUUCACUUCGACGGUCUGGACUCGCGUUCGGUAGAAUACUGGAGCGGUGGCAUACAAAUUGUCGGUGUCAAGGCGUGUAAUUUGCAACGGAUCAUCCCUUUGCAGCCACAAAUAUUCGCCCGCCAUUUGCUAUAUCAUGCAUCUAAUAACAAACAGAGACAAAGAACCGUACAAGCACGAUCAGCGUUUACGAAAAUUCAAGAUUUAUGGGGGCAGCUCAACACGGUUCGUAAAAAUGCGGAACAAGCCAUUCGCAAAGAAAGGGAUGAAUUCGGGCAGUAA